AUGUCGAUGAAGACACCCCAAGGGAUGAAGAAAGGUGUGCUCACAAACGUGUGGCACAUCCCAAAGUUAUCCAGAAACCUGUUCUCGGUCGGCCGCUUCACCAAGGAUGUCGGCCCAGUGACGUUCACGAAGGAUGGGUGCUAUGGAAAAGCGAAAGGGACCAAGUGGAAAAUUGGUGCCCGUGAAGGUAAAGGACUGUUCAAGCUGCAAAUGACUCCAGUGGCGCCGGAACAAGCAAAUGCAGCCAAGUCGUCGGGAUGCCAAGGGGGCACCAAGUCGUACCUCUGGCACCUUCGGCUUGGCCACAUAGGUCACGAUGGACUCAAUUGCAUCGUGACGAAGAACAUUGGAAUUGGCAUCGACAUAUCUUCGGUGAAGAAGUGGGACGUGUGUGAAGGUUGUGCUCUGGGAAAACAGACUCGAGUGCGCUUCCAAUCAAACACUACAGCUCGCACCUCCAAACUCCUCGAAGUGAUUCACAGCGACGUAUGCGGACCGAUGUCGAUGGCAACUUUCAGUGGAAAACGGUACUUCGUGACAUUCAUUGAUGACAAGUCAAGAUACUGUGUCGUCUAUCUGCUCAAGAGCAAAUCUGAAGUUGCGGCGAAGUUCAUGGAAUACGCUGCGAUGGCCGAAACGCAAACCGGAAAGCGCGUGAAGUACCUUCAAAGCGACAAUGGGGGUGAAUACAAGUCCGACAAGCUGGCACGAUUCUGCGCGGAACGGGGAAUACAACAAAGGUUCACACCCCCAUAUACUCCUCAGCUAAACGGAGUAGCUGAGAGAAUGAAUCGCACGCUGGUCGAGUGUGCGCGUUGCAUGAUGGAACACGCUGGACUGGGAAAGAGCUACUGGGGUGAAGCAGUGAUGACGGCGAUGUUUCUUCGAAACCGCUGUCCAACACGUGCCAUUCACCAAGACAAGUCUCCAUAUCAAGUGUGGACGAUGAAGAAACCGAUUCUGGCCAACCUUAAAGUGUUUGGAUGCCACGCGUAUGUUCAAGUGCCUCAAGACAAACGCGCGAAGUUCGACUCCAAGUCAUCACUCUGUCGUUUCCUGGGAUACGCCGAACACCAGAAUUCAUAUCGAUUUGAGGAAGUGUCAACAGGAGCGAUCAAGAUCAGUCGCGAUGCCACAUUCAUGGAAGACAAGUUUGAUGAAGGUCCGCGCAACUACAACGAUGAGUCAAGUGUCGUUGAGUUUGAUGAUCAUGAUGAGGACGAAGAAAAAGAAGAAGAGCAACAUCAAGAGACACACGCGCACUCAAUCACUUGA